CGCAAUUCGCGCACUAUCACUGAAACCUCAAGCCAUGCCCUUUAUCGUUGAUGUGGAAUCCACGACCACUUGAUGUGGAUUCGUCGCCAACAUAGCUAUUAGCUACCCACCCUGAUUUGUCUGUCGCGUCGUCCUGGUCUCGUUACGGAUGGCGCGUACGUAUAAAGCUGCACGAUGGCCCUUAGCAAUCGGAAUGUCCCCAUCCGUCUGGCUAUCUAUUCUCAAUCAUCGUUGUCACCAUGCCGGCUAAGCUUUUCUAUCUCCUAGGCGAACCUGUCGCAACGGCGCGGGAGAUCGAGGUAGAUUCGGCGCUGGACUAUGAUGCGUUGAGGCAUCUGAUCGCUGCGCAUUUUGCGAUAGUUGACCCUAGUGGCAUUGGAUUCCAGUCUGAAGACGCCGUAUUCACCAAUGUGGCCGAAAUCACCGCCUCAGAAGAUCCAAUCAGUAUCACCAUCGAUGGAAAACAGGUGAAAGAGGUCCCUGGCCCAAAGGGACUCCCGGUGCUGGGAAAUUUCUUCGAGAUCUACCCCGAUCACUUGGGCAACCAUCAACGCCUUUUUGAGCAAUAUGGGCCCAUCUUCAAGACCACUAAUUAUGGCCGUACUGUAUAUCACACCAACGACCCCGAGCUCAGUGCGAUCAUUUUCUCGGAAAGCGACUUCUUCACCAAGAAGAUUAACGAGUCUCACCCUCUCCAUGCAAUCAAAAACAAGGAAGCCGGUGUGUUUCUUGGUGAUACCGACACGCAUGAAUGGAGAACUGCCCAUAAGUUCCUCCCGCCCGCGUUCGGCCCAAAAGCGGUUCGUCAUUAUGCGCCCGUCAUGCAGCAGACGGUGGAGGAUGCAUUCAAGGUGUUUGAUGCCUUUGACGAGCAAGGCGAAGCGUGGAAUGUCUAUCAAUACAUGCUGAAGCUCGGGUCGCAAGCGGUUGGAAAGCUCGUUCUCGGCAUUGACUUCCAACACUUCUCAACCCUGAACGCCCCCCCGCAUGAACUGAUCAUUCUGAUCGCCGAGUCACUGGAGCUGAACAAGAAGAUCACCGCCAGGGGUGACUGGUAUGCCAAAUUACCAUUUGGAGACCCCAAGCGUCUCAAAGACAUCAGAGGCCGGGUCUGGGCUAUUGUUGAGGAGUCCAUUCAAAAUGCUAGCCGAGGUGGCAUUGAGGACCUCCCACUCCAGGAUGCCGCACUGAAAGCCCAUAACAUGAUCGACUACGCCAUCCGGGCGACGGAUAACAAAGGCGAAAAGCUGCCCAAAACCAGUUUGAUCCAAGCCCUCGUGGUAGCCACUGGAGCUGGCUUCACCACCACUAGCUCCUUACUGUCAUGGUUGAUCUACAGUCUGGUUACCUACCCCGGAGUGCAAGAUAGACUACUGCAAGAGCUCGUGGACAAUGGCAUCGAUGCCGACACCCAGAUCACUGCCGACCUGACCGACCGUCUUACAUUCAUGGAUAAAUUCAUCAAAGAAACCCAGCGUCGACACAACCCAUCCUACCAACCCGGACGCACAGCCAAGGUGGACAUGAUCCUGCCCGGUGGCUACAAGCUUCCCGCAGAGUCCGUUGUCAUCGGAGCGCUCCACCAUCUCCACAACAACCCCAACGUCUGGGACAACCCGACGCGGUUUAACCCUGACCGCUGGGAUACCGAAGAGGUCAAGAACCGACACAAGUCGGCCUACAUCCCCUUUGCUGCCGGUCCUCGGAUGUGUAUCGGUUUCAACUUUGCUCUGCAGGAGGUCAAGGUGUUUUUGCCGAAACUGGUCUACCGGUACAAGUUCAUCAAGGAGACCGAGGGCCCGAUCGAGUACGAUCCCAUGUUCCAGCUCAUCCGACCGAACAACCUGUAUGUCCGUGCUGAGCGGCGUGUUAAAUGGCCCCCGAAGUCAGAAAGUCCCAUCAUGCCGACGGCGUCGCUGUAGACGGGAGGUAAUGAGUCAACGGCGACGGGGUGUCCGUUGAGAGAGUCGGUGUAUGCUUCUUGUAAUUAGACCAGCGUUUAUUCUAU